AUGGCUCCCUCAACCGAUAACGUAGCUGCAAGAUUAGAUCUCAUUACGCAGAGAAUUCCUGAGCAGAAUAUUUCAGGCUUGGAGUUGAUUGAAGCUUCGCUGAAAGCUGAGGGCAGGAACCCAAGAUGCUUCUGGGCAACAUCACCCACUGGAAAGCGUGAGCAGAAAAUGGGAGUCAAGUCAAAUUGGACGAGCGCUGAUCUGAUCGUUGUGAUUAGUUUGCUUGAUAUCUAUUCAUUCCUUGACAAUGUCAAGUAUCCUAUGGAACAAGUUUUACAGCGUAUGCAUUACUACAAGUUCGUCAUAAGUGCGGCCAUGGAGGCAAUCGGGAUUCCCGCAAGCAAGGUGCAAUUUGUUCAGGAAUCGACCUAUGUGAACACACCUGAAUUCACCAGGGACCAAUGGAGACUUUGUACGAUCGUCCCUCAACAGGCUGUCAAAGAUGCCUGGGAUCGGAGCUACAACCCCGACAUGCUCAGCCCAAUGUUCUGUCCUGGAAUGCAGUCCUUGGCAGAGGAGUAUCUCGACAUUGAUUUUCAAUUUGGUGGCGCGGACCAGGCUGGUAUCUUCGGAUUCGCGGACCGAUUCAUGCCGCAACUUGGAUUCAAGAAGCGCGGCCAUCUUAUGAAUCCUAUGCUUCCCAACCUUCAAGGAGGGAAAAUGUCAUCUUCGCACCCUCCUAAUACGAAGAUUGCGCUCACCGACGACGCUGAAACAGUCAGUAACAAGAUCUUCGGUGCGAACACCAAAGUGGCAACUGCCUUGACAAACGGUGUCAUGGCUUCUCUCAGGGACAUUUUGAUUCCUAUUAGUCACCUUCGAACCAGAAUAGGAAUUACCGAGGGUCAAAAGUCAUUUGCUGGGGCCAAUGCCCCGGAGGGGACAGUUUUCUCUAUAAAGACGAAGAGCGGGGAAGAGCACUACAGCUCUUAUGAAGAGGUUGAAAAGAGUCUUCAUGAUGGCCAGAUCACUGUUGAGGAGAUCAAUACCGCCAUCGCGGGCGCCUUCAAUCAAUUGCUAGCCACUAUUCGCAAGAAGUUCACAGAGAACGAAGAGUGGCAGGCAGUGACAAAGGAAGCUUAUCCUGUCGAUGCCUAA